AUGCUGCCACAACAAGAUAGUAAUUUUCACUUGUAUCCUAUAGCUUUUGCUAUAGUUGAUUCUGAGAAUGAUGCCUCAUGGAGUUGGUUUAUGAAAUGUCUGAAAACCAUCAUUCCUGAUGAAGAGGAUUUGGUUUAUGUCUCUGAUCAUGCAACCUCAAUUGAAAACGCUCUUUUACAACAUUAUCUGCUUGCUCACCAUGGAAUCUGCGUCUUUCACUUUGAAAAGAAUGUCCAGGACAAUUUCAAGAGUUCAACACUUGUCCCUUUGGUUGUUGAAGCUGCUUAUGCCUACACCAAGGAUGAUUUUGAUUGCUAUUUUCAUGAGAUUGAGGCGUCCGACAUUGUAUUAGCAGAUUAUCUUCGUAAAGCAGACUUCAGGAAGUGGUCCCGAGCUUAUUCUCCUGCAAAUGGCUUCAACAUCAUGACGUCAAACUUGGCCGAAUCUAUAAAUUCUUUGCUGAAAUGGUUCACUGAACAACGUGAGCAAGGAGUUCGUCACAUGCACCCUGUCACUCUCGUUGUGGGGAACAAGAUGAAGGAGCUAUAUGAUUUUACGUCUCGCUUUCUCGAAGUUUCCAAAAUCAAUGAUUCAGAGUUUGAGGUUAAGGGAGAUACAAGAGAUCAAGUGGUGAAUUUUCAAACAAGGCAUUGCUCAUGCUUUGUGUUUGAUGUUGAGAAGUUUCCUUGUGCUCAUGCAAUUGCCGCUGCAAAGGCUGGAAAUAAGCAUGAAACUGAUUAUGUCGAUGAGUUUUUCUCCAAUAAAAGGUUUACACUAGCAUAUUCAGAGAGUGUAUAUCCUGUUGGUGAUAAAGCAUAUUGGGAUAUUCCUCCCCAUGUAGCUUCGUUUGUUUGUCGCCCUCCAUCUACACGAUUUCCUAGUGGCAGGAGGGAAAAAAAGAGGAUACCAAGUUCGUAG